UUUUUGCAUUGAUUCGUAAUGGCCAUUCAAUUAUUUGUUCUAUUGGUAAAGAACUUUAAGAGUUAUACGCGAUGCGAGAUGGUUUUUUAUCUGUUGCUGCCGCUGCUAAUGAUACACUUGGUUUAUAUACGAUGUUCCGUAAAUCAAGAGAAUUCCUCGCAUUGUUUCUUACGGCGAAAUGGCACACUUGGGGAUAAUGUAAAACUUAGUCCAUUGUAUAAUUUAAUGGAAAUGAUUGCCGAUGUAACACCAGAAAAAACACUUUUAUUAUACUCAAACAAGGAUUCAAUAGUCGUACCACUUAAAUCAGCUUUAUUUAAUAUCCUAAAGCUGAGAUCUGUUGAGCGUGUCAACUCUGAAAAAGAUAUGGAAACUACCCUUAUAAACGAAAACUUCUUGGGCGGAAUUAUUUGGAAGGUGAAUGCUGGUGAAUACUUUGAAUACACGGACAUCACAAUUCGAUUUCCCAGUGCCCUGCGAACGAUACCAACUGACUUAUGGAAUACCAAUCAUGUCAGGGGCGAUGGGAACACGCCCCGACCGCUGUACAUGAACGAAGGAUUCUUGCAGAUAAUGUAUGCCAUUGUGGCAUUUCUAGCAUAUCCUGCAGUCAGCAACAUAACCAAAAGGUACAAGGAUGAUGGAAUAACGAUCGUGUCAAAGCCGUUUCUUAGCGAUAAAGAGUAUAAUGAAUACUUUGAUCCACAAAUACUUGACCCAAUGGGUACAACUCUUGCAAAUGUGUUGCCAUUUUAUUUGAGUUCUCUUUACAUUUAUCCAUUUGUGCGCUUGGUUAUGCACAUGCAAAAGGAAAAGAACAAUCAACUAAAUGACUUGAUGAGCAUUUCCAGUGCAAAUCGGAUUACCCAGUAUCUCUCCUGGUUUACUUCUACUUUAAUUUUGGCCACUGUGAUUAACUUGUUGACCAUAUUCUUACUUACGGCACCCAUCUGCAAAAAUGGCAACAUUUUAAAUUGUUCGAGUUUCACAGCCGUUUGGUGUUUCUUUACCAUUUGGACAGUGUGUGGCAUUUGUUUAUGUUUCUUAAUCCAUAGUUUACUUCGAAGUGCAACCCUUGCUGCCAUUGUGAUUGUCUUCCUAUCGGUUUUGUGUUUCCUGUUGUAUAUCUAUGUGGAUGUCCCAAGAAUAGUUGUGCGCUAUCCAUUGUGUCUGUUGUAUCAGUUUGGUUUCCUAACUGGCCUGCGAAAAAUACUUUACUACGAGAAGUACGAUAAUACGGGACUGCAGUGGUAUCAUUUCUUGAGAGGAAACUUCUACAAUAGUUUUGCCGUAAUAUCCAUUAUAAUGCUGAUGGCUGCCUUUACUUUUCUGGUAUUGUGCCUAACUGUCGAGCUGUGCUGCCCGGGCAAGUACGGAGUGUCCAUAUUACGCUUUCGAAGUAAUCGUGAUGCCUUGAGCUGCCAACAGAACUUUCAAAGGAACUUUCGCCAUUUGAGCCCUGCCGUGGUGCAGGCAUGCAUUUUGCACAAGAGUCAACACAGAAAGCCGCCACUGACCAAUUUCGCCAUGAAUAUGUACGAUGAUCAGAUCACGGUCAUAUUGGGACUAUCGGAUUCGGGCAAGUCCGCUGUUAUCAACGCCAUUUCGGGCAGCAUUCCUCCCCGAUCGGGCUGGGUGAAAAUUGACGACAGAGACAUAGCGAGGACGACCAGAACUGCGGUGGGAUUGUCGCCCCAGCAUAAUCCACUGUUUGCCAAUCUGAGUGUUAAGGAGAACAUGUACUUCUUCUAUUCGCUGCGUAAUGUGAGCGCCCAUGUCAGAACUCGUUCCACGGAAAGGUAUUUGAAGGCCCUCGAGCUCUGGCAAGUUAGAAAUGUGAAAAGCCGCUGCUUGGACAGAGCCGACCGGCGGAGACUAUCCGUGGCCUGUGCCUUUUGUGGCAAUCCACGUAUUGUAGUGUUGGAUGAACCCAGCGAGGGUCUGGAACCCUGCGAACGACGAUUGCUGUGGGAUCUGCUACAGUCGGAGAAGCGUUGCAGGACUUUAAUUGUCACAACUUAUCAUAUCGAAGAGGCGGAUGUUCUGGGAGAUCGUUUGGCCAUACUAUGCGAUGGUCAACUGCUUUUUAAUGGCACUUCCACGUUUCUAAAGAACACGCAUGGCUCUGGGUAUCAAUUGGUCUGUUCGCAAGGUGAAAUAUGCGAGGAGCCACAGAUAACCUCUUUAGUGCUGCAGUACAUACCAGAGACGAGUGCAUCCUCUGACAAGCCAUCUGAAAUUGCUUACAGCAUACCCCAGGACUACUGUCGCAACAUUGUGCCAUUGCUUCGGCAGCUGGAGCAGGGAGCUAAUUGCUUUAAAAUGGGUGCCAUUGGUAUUGGCACCAUGCCCAUUAUAAAUAAAUUUGUCAAGGCCACAUCGCCGGGCUCCGACACUAACAGGGGCAAUUUUGCAAGCAGCUCGCCCGAACCAGAUGAAAGUUUGUUGUAUGGCUACAAAUUGUGCUGCAAUCAAUGGAAUGCAAUGUUGCUUAAAAAGUUCUAUCACAUUCGGCACAAUUUUCUGGUUUUCUUUAUGCUUUUAUCGCUGCUGUUAUUGGGCGCCUCGGCGCUGCAAAGGUACUUUUAUACUUGGCCAAUUCCAGUCAAAUAUCUUCCGCAGUCGGGCGCGGAUUUUGUGUCGCAGGACCUGUUGCCACUCAGGUUGGAAAUGUAUGGACCAAAUUGUCGUGUGGCUUUUCUACGAGACUUAAAUGAUGAGAAUCCACUUAUACAUCUCCUGAAGAUGAAAAUAAGUGGCUGCCGCACCGAUGAUAUAUCAGCGACAGACGUGGACACCCGAAAAUUUCUACACUCGGAGGCAGUUGCGGCAAGCCUAAUGGCUUACUUGGCCAACAGUGGAUUUUUGGGCUUAUUUUGCACUGAACCCAACCGACCCAUGGAAUCUUUAACGAAAAACAUAAACUUCAACCAUCAUCCGUAUCCAUCCAUUCAGUUGAGUGAAAAUUCCACAGUGCGUCAAAUUGAGUGCUUCGAGAGUGGACCAUUGUAUCUGAAUCUGUUUUGUGUCAGUAUCUUCAGCGGGUUCUUUGCCGCCUACAUUGUCAGAGAGCGACGCAUUGGAUUCAAGUUGAUGCAACAAGUGGAGGGCAUUAAUAUGACUACAUUCUGGCUCUCCCACCUAUUCUGGGACUGGAUGUGUCUUUCCAUAUUUUCCGUAUCACUGGUAAUACUCAUGACGCUGCUUCUACAUAAGAAUUUCGAUGAUGAGACAGAGAUCCACUCACAUUGGUGCUGCACGUACGCUGGAUUUCCAUACAUAAUGGCACUGAUGGGCACAUCUAUGUUAUUUUAUAUCCUACUCCUGCUGCUGGAGCGUGGAUCAUUUUGCAAGAGGAGACCAAGAAGCAUGGAUGUCCUUGGACUAGUGGGUGAACGUUCUGGCAAGACUAGCAUUAACAAAGUAAUUGUAUCGAAUAUCAAGCUAUCUUCGGGUCGUGUUCUAGUCAAAGGUGUCGACGUACACAGCAAGAAAAUAAACCGAUACAGGGCCUACAAAUAUAUGGGUUAUUGCCCACAAAAUGAUUGUUUUGAGCCCAAAUUUACGGGUCGUGAAAAUUUAAAAAUAUUCUGCCUUAUACGUGGCUUAAGGGCGGAUAAAGUGCACGAAGUAUCCGAGGAACUGGCCGAAAAUCUCAACUUUCGAGAACAUUUGGAUAAACAAUCGUGGAAGUAUACGGUCAGUGAUAGGCGAAAACUGAGUACUGCAAUAUCUGUGAUAGGAACUCCCCCACUCAUCAUAUUGGAUGAACCCACCGCUGGAGUGGAGAAGGCGCAUCGAGCGGAUGUUUUGGAUGUGAUCAAGAGUGUCAACGAAUGUGGCAGCACCAUUUUGCUAUCCUCAAACAAUGUUGAAGAUUUUCAAUCUCUGUGCAACCGAAUGGCACUGCUGAAGCGGGGAAAAGUCAUUGGCAUUGGAUCAGUGGAGAGCUUCCGAAACAGUUUAACCCCAGGACUGAUUCUCAUGGUAAAAGUCAGGCCACAUGCCAUAAUACAAAGUGUGAGGUAA